UUCUUCUUUGUUGUGAAUGUGUCACAACUCGACAUUUCUUUGUUUUGGGUUCGUGACUAAUAACUGUGAAUGUACCUCAGAAAAAUGAACCAAGUUAUUUUAUAGUGAUAGUCUGUUUUGUUAGUAUUGUGUAUCAUUUGUUAGAUUCAUCCAGAAAAACAUGGCCAGUGCGAAAAGUUCAGCGAAAGGGGAAUUUCAUGUCGGGGGAAAGUAUCGACUUGUGAGAAAAAUCGGGAGCGGAUCUUUUGGGGACAUUUAUCUGGCUAUGAAUAUAGCCAAUGGAGAGGAAGUGGCCGUCAAACUAGAGUCCGUCAAGGCCAGACAUCCCCAGCUGAUUUACGAGAGCAAGCUAUACAAAAUUCUCCAGGGAGGUGUAGGCAUCCCUCAUAUACGAUGGUGGGGAGUAGAGAGGGACUACAAUGUGUUAGUGAUGGAUCUCCUAGGCCCAAGCAUCGAGGAUCUCUUUAACUUCUGUUCUCGGAAGUUUAGUAUGAAGACAGUCUUAAUGCUGGCUGACCAGAUGAUUAACAGGAUCGAGUUUGUUCACAAUAAGAAUUUCAUCCACCGUGACAUCAAGCCAGAUAACUUCCUCAUGGGGAUCGGCCGACACUGCAACAAAGUCUAUUUGAUAGAUUUUGGCUUAGCUAAAAAAUAUCGAGACAGUCGUACAAGACAGCACAUUCAGUAUCGAGAGGAUAAAAAUCUGACGGGGACAGCUCGAUAUGCUAGCAUUAAUGCUCACCUGGGUAUAGAACAGAGCCGCAGGGAUGAUAUGGAGUCCUUAGGUUAUGUUUUGAUGUAUUUUAACAGAGGUUCCCUCCCUUGGCAAGGGUUAAAGGCUGGAACUAAGAAACAGAAAUAUGAAAAGAUCAGCGAGAAGAAAAUGUCAACCCCAGUGGAGGUGUUAUGCAAGGGGUACCCUGCAGAAUUUGCCAUGUACCUGAAUUACACGAGAGGCCUGAGAUUCGAGGAAGCCCCUGACUACAUGUAUCUACGACAGUUAUAUCGAAUUCUCUUCAGAACAUUGAAUUAUCAGUAUGAUUACGUGUUUGACUGGACCAUGCUCAAGCAGAAGGCAGCAAAUUCAGCCACUGUCAUGAAUGGAGGGACCACCCACAUGGCCACUGCUGGGCGCUGAAGAAAAAGAAAUCAAAGAAAAAAGGCAUCAACAGAUCAAGACAUAUUGAAAUCAAAACCUUCUUCUCGUACCACCUUUGGCUGGUUUAUCCCAAUUUAAAAGGUCGUAUGACCCUACAAAUUGUCUGGUGAUAUUGGACAGUGUGUGAUUUUGAAGAGACUGCUCUCCAUUUUAAAGAAGCAAUGCUGAUAUAUGUGUGAUUCUGGUCUUGAAGACUCUAAAAGUGUGUAAAAUUGGGUACAUAUACAUUGUAUUUAUUUGUAUUCAUUUGUGCUAAAAGUUGGCUUUCUUAUCCAGGGAGUGGUUGUGCUAUUCAAGUUUCUGAAUAUUUGUUGACUACUGUAUUAUUGAUUUUGACCUGAUUUUUAGUUCUUUCAUUUUCAUACAUUAUGUGUAUAUUUUUGUUGAAAAAAAUAUUGGAACUACAUGUAUAUACAUAUGUACAUAAAAGUGGAUGGGGUUGCAAAAUAUUGUGCAUUUGAAAUUAGAUUGGUAGCCUAAUUAAUUAAAUAAUUUUGCGAUGUAGAUACACAUGAAAUUUGUGUUCGAGUGUAAAAAUAUAUUGUGUACACAUUUUUUAAUGUCUUGUUGGUAGUACUAUUACAUUUGUUAAAAUUACCACAGUUGAAAGAUUUUAAAUUGAGAAUUAUUAGGUUGAAAGAUUAAAAAAAAAAGCACUUUUGUUUACAUGUAUUUAUAUACAUGUGUAAAGAUAGGUUGAUCUCAGAUUUUUCAAAGUAUGUGUAUGUUUUUUUUUUUUCCCUUGGACUUUUUUUUUUCAUAUUCAUUGGUUUGUUGGCUGUUACUCACUGUUCACUACACAGUAUCAUAUUUCUAUUCAAUUAAAAAAAAUCUAGUAAAUGUUAUUAUCACAGAAUGGAAGAUCCUGCACAGGUUGUAUCAUGGCCAGUCAUUAUUUUGUAAAUAAUCUAUUUUAAUAUAUGUACAUUUAUUGAUUACUGAGAAAACCCCUUGAUUUUAAAGUGUUUUAUUUGCCAAAAAGAUGUGAUUCUUUAAGACACAUUAUAGAUCAUAUAGUGAGAUUGAGAUUCAAAGUUUGGAAAAUGGAUCUGCAUAGUUCACUUUUUUUGAUGUACUGGAAAUUUUAAACAAAUGUGAGAGAAUUUUUUUUCAUUGUUUGUAUGUGUGUUUUACAAUUUUUAUAUCAGGUUUUGAGAUUUACAUUUUUUGUGUAACUGCUGGUUUGUAUGAUAAUAUUAGCUCUUGUGUGUUUUUCUUUUAUUUCCUCAUUAUUUACAAAAAAAUUGAUUGCAUGUUUUAAUUAUAUGACAUGAAGUAGAUUCAAUGAACAUUAGUUUAAAUUUAAUUUUUCCCAAUGGGAGCUUUUAGUGAAUGAAAGAUAAUUAUAUAACUUUGUUGUAGGUUUGUAUGAUUAAUUACACAUGUUCUGGAAUGUGAGAAUUAUUUUGUUAAUACAUGUAUAUAUUUUUAAUUAAAUGAAAUUCUCCCAUAAGCAUUCUAAUGAUGUACAUAUUCAUGUUUGAUAUGGAGAAAAAAAUGUGUGGUUUUGUGGUGUUAUAGUUCUUAACAGAGAAUUGAGUGUUUGAGAUUUAUCAAAUAUGUAUAUUUUUAAAACCGUGAAAUAAUCAAAUGUGUGUGUAUUUUUUAUCAACACUUCUUGAUCCACUGUGCUUUCAUAUUUCAUUUAUCAAUUCUUUUAACUUGAAGUCACUCAUUUUUCUGAACAACUUUACACUUGUUGAUGUUUUGACUUUUUCCCUCUUGAUUUUAAUGGAUGAAUUUUUCAACCACUGCCAUGAAAUAUACGUGUAGUGAUUUCCCCUUGUUAUAACAUUGUGAUGUACAUGUUAUAAGGUUCAAAAUGUGUUUUCUUCAAUAUUUUUCCAUCUUUACUGCUGAUGCCUACUUAUACAUACAUGUAUGUUUUACAGAAACUUGUCAUUUUUUUUUUCACUUGCUACACAGAUACUUUGAGAAAUUUUGUUUUGCUCACAAUUUUUGCAAUGGACACUUUUUUUUUCUUUCGCAAUACAAGUUUUCCAGCAGACAAUAUAUUUCCUUUGUUUUGCAAUAUUUAUUUCAAAUUGUGCAAUAUGUGCAUAUUUUUCAAAGAAAAAAAUAUUUUAAAAAAAAUUCAUUGUGCAAAUAAGAAGUAUAGUGCAACAAAGUAUUUU